GGGCGUGUCGCAGAACGAGUCGGAGCGCUUUGAGUCCAAAUCGCUGGGACUGGAAUUGGGACAUUUUUUGGACAUUUCCAGUGACUUCUUGUGCAUUCCUGUGAGACAAACAAACAUCAUUGGUUUUCACAGUGGCUCCAACGUAACAAGAUGGAUGAAAGGCGAUGAAGAGAGCAAAGCUGUUUGGAGUCGUCUUCACGGCCGCCUUUGUGGUGGCCUACGUCUUGUUGAUCAGACGACACUACGCCACCGUCACACCUCAAAUUCACCAGCUGCCGCCUCACCUGCCCGCUCGUUCGGAACACUUUCAGUACGGCAUCAUGUUCGACGCCGGCAGCACUGGCACCAGAAUCCACAUUUUCAAGUUCAAGAUGGACACUGAAGAAGCUCCCGCUGUGGCCCGUGAGACGUUCCGAGCCAUCCAGCCUGGACUGUCUGCCUACGCUGAUCAUCCUGAUGAGUGUGCCACCGGCAUUGUGGAGCUACUGGAGGUGGCAAAGGCCAGCGUCCCGUCCUCAGCAUGGAACGCCACCCCGGUGGUUCUGAAGGCCACUGCCGGCCUCCGCCUGCUUCCUGUCCAGAAGGCCAAAAAUCUUCUGGAGCAGGUGAGUGCGCUGUUUGACACGUCACCCUUCCUGUCCCGGCACAACAGCGUGUCCAUCAUGGACGGCACUGAUGAAGGAAUUUCAGCAUGGAUCUCCAUCAACUUCCUCAUUGGUUCCCUCCAUCGCGCCAACUCGGCCACAGCGGGGAUGUUGGAUUUGGGCGGGGGCUCGACCCAGAUCACCUUCAGUCCCGAGGACGAGAGAACCAUUCAGACCUCCCCCAUGGACUACAUCAGGUCCCUUACCGUGUUCAGCAUCAGUCGCACCAUCUACGUACACAGUUACCUGGGGUUGGGCCUGAUGUCUGCUCGACUCGCCAUUUUAGGAGGCAUCGAUGCUCCUCCCUUAGGGGGCAGCACUGAGCUGGUGAGCCCUUGCUUGGCUGCAGAGUACUCGGGCAGGUGGGAGUACUCCGAAACGGUGUUCACUGUGCGUGGACAGAAGACAGGAGACGGCCCUUACGAGGCGUGUCUGACCAGAGUGGAGAAGGUUCUGGCCGGGAAGGUGAGCAUGACAGAGACAGGAGACAUGGACUUCUAUGCCUCCUCCUACUACUACAACCGUGCGGUCGACUUGGGCCUCAUCGACGAAGUCGAGGGAGGAAGCGUCCGAGUGUCUGACUACAUAGGAGCGGCUAAAAGAGUGUGCAGUGAGAUGUCUCGCAGUUCUCCACGCGAUCCUUUUCUCUGUCUGGACCUGCUCUACAUCUCAGUCCUGCUGCAGGAGCUUGGCUUCCCCCCACACAAACAUCUCAAGUUAGCCAGGACCAUCAACCAGGUGGAAACCAGUUGGGCUCUUGGAGCAAUUUUCCAGUACAUGGAGAUCUUGCAGGCCACAAAGAAUUAAAACCUGGAGCCAGAACCCCAAAAAAUCCACCAUAUUAUUUGCCCCCAACGGUGGUCCUGAUGGUGUUAGUGCCUUCGGAUCAAAGAAUGAGACGGUAAUGACAAGCAGAUUGUUACUUCAACUUCAGUCCGGCCCAGUCCUUCUGGACCUCCUUGUCUCCAGCUAACGACAGCAAGUCAGAUUGUUUCCGUCAUUGAUUGGUCAUGUCUGGCAGCUUUCUUGCUGUCCACUCACAACAUGGUGCUGCCUGUGCUUGACAGUGUGACCUGUCAAUUGCUUUUUAUAAUGUAUGGUGUGAUAAUAAACUUUUUUAUUGCUGCUAAAAGAUUGACUUAAAAUGAAUGACUUUCCCUGAGCUGCAGCUGUGAUGUUGAACAGGAUAAGCCUUUAAUAUGAUUUAUAUGGUCCUGAAAGUCUUUCUCCUAACUGUAACUUAAUUUGUGCUAAUAA